GGUGAGUGAUUGGGUUGGGGGAAAACACAAUCAUUCUGUUCUCUUAACCUAACCGGAGUAGUGAUAGUAUUAGUAUCAAUUCCCCCACUAUUCCAUUCUAGUAUUCUAUUUUAUCUCUUUUUCUUUCUUCGUUUUCAAAACUCUUUCCAACAACUCAGAAACCAAAGCACUCGCUUCUCCUUCUCUCUCUCUCUCUCUCAUAGGCGUGCAGGUGCAAUGGCGGGUGCGAUGAAUAUGAAAGUCGACAAGAUUCGUCAAAUCGUGCGUCUCAAACAGCUUAUGACGCGCUGGAAGCACAUCAGCCUCCGCCGCCGCUCCGACGACGAACCCUCCGCCGCGCGCCGCCCUCCCCCCGGCUUCAUCUUCGUCUACGUGGGCACCGAACGCACUCGCUUCGCCAUCCCUGCGCGCUUCCUUAACCUUGCGCUCUUCGAUGGCCUCCUCAAACAAACCGAAGAAGAGUUCGGACUCCGAGGUAACGGCGGUUUGGUCCUUCCCUGCCAGGUCGCGUUGUUCACUAACGUCGUUAAGUAUCUCCACAAGGACGAACACAAGUACGGAAAACUCUCUCUCGAAGAUUUCGUUAGCAUGGUUUCGGACGACACUGACGUGGCAGCCUCCGAUUCCUGUAAGGAAAACGUCGUCGUUUUUGCCCCUCUGCUCCAGAAAGCGGAGGUUUGACAUUCUCGAUUGCGAUUUCGUUUGAUAUUUCCUUUGUUAGGCUCCGAAUUUGUAAAUGGAACCCAGGAAAUUUGUAAAAUCUCUUUUUUACCCCCAUGUAAUGAAAUGGGGUUUUUUUAGUUCUACUCAUCCUUGGAUCCGUUCCCCCAAAAAUUUUAGUGGGUGGGUUUCAAUGAGAUGUCUUUGAACUAGUCCUUAGGCUUUGCCGCUUUGGGUUAUCUUUCACUAUUUGUUACAACGGAUGCCCAAUUUCAUGAUGAUGAUCAAUUUUUAGCGAUCAAUGAAGAAUUUUAUGAGAACCAUGGAUCUGUGUUAUACUC